AUUUUUCGAUAAUAAAGUAAAGCGUAAAGUUGUUUGUGAAGUGGUUGCUACGAAGUUUCCGCGACGUUUUAAAAAAAUAUGGUGACGCUACAACUCCUUCGUUUACUCCAACUGAUAGUUAUUCUUCAUACAACAGAAACAUUUUCUUAUUCUCUUCCAAUCUAUGGAACCAAACGGUAUGGUCGAUCGAAUCAACAUACCAGUGUUAGCUCAUAUGAUCCUUAUUCUUCCUAUCAAUCAGUGGUACCUCACCAUUACCCAGAACCCAUCAACUACUACAAGAUGUAUCCGUACAGUGACUCCUACCACUCAAGCUACUACUACCCUCAACAGUCGUAUCCUCUACCUUACUACGUUCCUUCGAAGUAUAAAAUAUAUCAACCUGUAUUUCCAUACUACUACCAAGAACACUGGCCUAGUCAAAGUUACGCCACUUAUUAUGAUUACAAUGAUCCCGAUGAAGUAUUCCAAGGCAUGGAACGGGAAGAUAGGGAAGAAAAUCAACCUAUUGGUCACGAAUCUUAUUAUGAAGAUGCUUCUGAUGAUAGUAACAUGGAUGACGUGAACGCUGCUUUCUUACAAAAUUUGAUUUUAACACAAAUGUACCAAGAUUCGUUGAACAAUAAACCUCACACAGAUAACUAUGAUGAUUACGAUGAAGCGUUUGCUAAAAUAGAAGAAAUGAACAGAAGACCUACACAUACACCAGAAGAUGAAACUGUGAGGGAAUUGAAACAACUACAAAAAGUGAAUAGGGAAAGAGAGAACAAGAAACCCAGAAAUACCAAUAUACAUUGGGCUCAAAGCAACCAAGAAAAUAAACAGCAAAGAAAGAAUAGACAAAGAAAACAGAAAAUUGAAAAACAAGAAGAAAAAAGAAGUAAAUUCACGUCAAAUGAGUUACUUGUACCUACUGAAGAUACUGCUAUUUAUUCCGAACGUAAGCCGAUUGUUAAAAUGAUUCCAACAACUCAAGCUUCUACAGCCACAACACAAUCAAUAGCACAAACAGGACAGAAAGAGGAAUUCCAGAUGAGACCGGCUACUCCCGUUCGACACGCAUUUGCCGCUCCCCUUUUAACUAUGAUGUCUAGAAGUAAUGAAGAAAGGAAAAGGACGCCGUCAGUAUAUGAUACAAUCAAACACUUGCUAGACAUGGAAAAGAGCUUUGAACUUAACCAACAAAAUUCCGACCUACGCCCUGCGAUGAAAAAGAGAAUAAUUACAUCAGAGGAAAGUUUGACACGUCAAUUGUCGGUCCUUAAAAAAGCUCAGUAAGAUUUUUCUUAUAUUUAAUUAUGUUUGGGAUUGAACUUUAACAAUUGUCCAUAACGUCCAGCCUCUCGACUUUUAAUGAUACAAACAUUUAAAUAUUAAUAAGGAGGGGGUAAAAAAGAAGGACUAAAAAGAAUACCUUAUAUGUUGGUAUAAAGACUGACUGAUUUAGUAUUAAAUAUAUCGGCUGUAAGAUAGCUCAGCAGCUGUAUCAAUAAAUUUUGCUUUGACGUAUAUCAUAAAUGUUGAAAACAGUUUAAAUUUGUUAAUUAUGAGGUUCCUUUAUUGUUGUAUCUUUUUAGUUAACAGGAAUUUCAACACUAGUCUUUAUUGUAAUUAUUUAUGAAUUGAAUUUAGUCAAUACUAAAUCCCUGGUAAUGGAAAAGAUAUGACAAUAAUUAUUGAAGAUGGACAACAGAACAAUAUCAUUGAACAUAUGAAUUUUAUAAAUCAAAGAAAACAUAUUUGAAAUAUUUUGUGAACCUUUUAAUAAUCGGGUAAGGUUAAUUAAAAAUGAAUCCAGAUCUGAUUAACUAACUUUUAAAAGUAGAGAUAGUAGAAGAAGCAUAGUUAGAGUAAAUUAAGCCAUAUUCGUGUAGAUAAUAGUAGUAAUAGAUCCGUGUACUUUCAUCUACAAGUUAUGUAAUAGACAUUAAAAUAUUUACCAAGCAAAAAUAAUACUCCAAUGAACAAUAUUUUUCAAAAUUGUUCAUUUCUUAUAAAUACAUUCAUUUAGUUUUCAAUUAUCUUGAAAUAGCUAGACGACUGCCUAUAAACAAAGUUUGCAUUAACUGAGGUAAAUAUUAAAAUGAAAAUGAAUAUUUUUAUAAAUUUCUAACGACAAAUAUGUCAUUGAGUUUUGCAUUCUCAAUCACUGAAAUCAACCAACCAACGUUGGUUGGUUUGGUUGAGCUAAACAGAGCUAAACAUGUUCACAGUUUUUCUAGAUAGUGUCCGUCACACUCUACACACUUUAACCACCUCUCCGAAAAUUUUCGGAUGCCUUUUUCGUAAAAAUCUCUCGGCUUGUCCCGUAACUAAUAGCGCAUGAAUGAUUGUACCUCCAUUGCUUACGAAUCGCAGUCCGUCGACUGUCGAAUGGCGACAAAUCUGGACUAUAAGGAGGGUGUUCCAGUGUUGUCCAAUCAACGCUUACAUCGUAAUCCGAGCUGCGUGUUCACAGUUUGUUGGUCAAUGAGAAAAUCAACCGCAAAUACUUCUCUCAUGGCUUUCUUCCUCCACUCCAUAGACACGCGUUUACUCUCUGGAAUAGUAGUCUAUCCAAGUCUCGUGUGUGGUGAAUAUUCGAUGCAAUAAAUUUUCUCCGACCUCUUUGUACCGCUGCAGGAGACGUGUGCAAACUUCUUAGUGUGUGAAUCUCUGUUCAAAAUUUAUAUGUAUUGACAUCUGGCUGUAAUUAUUUGCUCAAUACAAACUACGCUGAUGUCCAAUAACAACGUUGACGUUAUCAUCCGUAACACUUGUUCUAGGACACGCGCGUGUGCAAUCCCUUCUUGGGAGAACACCAUUCAUACGCUAGAGUCUUUAAGAGGCACUCAUCCCCAAAUUGCUCAAAUAAUUUUCGAUGCAUUUUCGUGGAUUUUACUUUAUCUUUGACCAAAAAACAAA